UUCAUUUUUACAGCUUGGUGUGGGGCCACCAGGGCCUAUCCCAGGAGGGUGUCAGCUCUAGGGUUUGCAAGGGGGUAGGUUUUGCAAGUGACUCUCCUUCUUCCCCUGAAAUUCCCGCCAGGCCUGGCUAGGCCCUGGGAGAGCCCAGCAUCGUCAGCAGAGUUCCCCUUCAGCCCUGGCCGGUGACAUGGGAAGUACUUCUUUUUGGGCCCUUGGGGGUUUCCCUGGGCCUCUGGGGGAAAGAAGCUGUCCCAGUCAUAAGUGGAAACUCGUCACAGACCCCUGCUCCCCUCCCCCCACAAAGCCCCCAGACCAGGGCUUUGGCUGCAAGGGACUACUCUGGCCAGGCCAACUUUUGGUAAAAGCCAGUCAUGGGGAGAAGGGAACAGACAUUUUCCUAAGGUCUCUAAAAUGAGACAAAUGGUGUGCUUGCUUCUAGUGUAUCAUCAUCGGUAGCAACAGGUAAUUUUGUUAACGAAAUUCGUAGAAUGUAACCCCUGGGAGAGAAUGGGAAAAGUGAGGAAGCCUGAGACCCCAGUAACUCGCAGGCUUUGUGCAGCCAAGAAGCUGAGUUCUCAAGCACUUAGCCGCCGGAGGCCGGGCAGAGUGGGGAGCACCCAGGCAUAUACACUGGGGAGACGUGGGUGGGGCCUCUAGACUCCGGGCUGACGCUUGUCACGGUCUGGUACCCAGUUUCUUCCCCCUCAAGUUCUUCCUCCAGAUGUCCCCCCACCCCUCCGUCCGCUCCGGGAGCCCCGGGGGCGGCCCAGCCCGAGUCCUACGUGAAGCUGCGGGGGCGGGCGCUGGCGCCUUCCUGCUCUACCCUUGUAUGGUGACCCGAGGGGCCGGCCCUCGAGUACUUAAGCCUGGGCGCAACGAAGCCUGCCCAGAGCCAACAGCUUGGGCCACACAGUCGCAGCCGCGGGAGCCGGGGGGAGAGGAUCGCCGCCGGGAUUAGAGGCUUUGCAGUGCCAAUCGCCAUGAGGCUGGAGGCAGCGUACGAGCUGGAGUGUGCAGCGCUGGGUGCACUGCUGCGGGAGCCGAGGGAGGCCGAGGGCACGCUACUGCUCGACUGUCGCCCGUUCCUGGCCUUCUGCCGGAGCCACGUGCACGCCGCGAGGCCCGUGCCCUGGAACGCGCUGCUGCGGCGCCGUGCGCGCGGUACCCCAGCCGCCGCCCUAGCCUGCCUCCUGCCAGACCGUGCGCUCCGGGCACGCCUGGGUCGUGGGGAGCUGGCCCGCGCAGUGGUGCUGGAUGAAGGCAGCGCGUCUGUGGCGGAGCUCCCGCGGGACGGCCCCGCUCACCUGCUGCUAGCCGCAUUGCUCCACGAGAUGCGCGCAGGAUCCACAACUGUGUGCUUCCUGCGAGGCGGCUUCGAACGCUUCCAGGCAUGCUGUCCGGAUCUGUGCUUUGAAGGCCCUGCCCAGGUGUUAUCUCCUGCCGGGGCAGAAAAGAACAGCUCUGACCCUAGGGGUCCAAUCUAUGACCAGGGUGGUCCUGUGGAAAUCUUGCCCUACCUGUACUUGGGCAGCUGCAGUCACUCCUCAGACCUUCAGGGGCUGCAGGCCUGCGGUAUCACAGCCGUUCUCAAUGUCUCUGCCAGCUGCCCCAACCACUUUGAGGGUCUUUUCCGUUACAAGAGCAUUCCAGUAGAAGACAACCAGAUGGUGGAGAUUAGUGCCUGGUUCCAGGAGGCUAUUGGCUUCAUUGACUCAGUGAAGAAUAGUGGGGGCCGGGUGUUGGUGCACUGCCAAGCCGGCAUCUCUCGCUCAGCUACUAUCUGCCUGGCAUACCUGAUUCAGAGCCACCGGGUGCGGCUGGAUGAGGCCUUUGACUUUGUUAAGCAACGUCGGGGAGUCAUCUCCCCCAACUUCAGUUUCAUGGGGCAGCUGCUACAGUUUGAGACCCAGGUGCUAUGUCACUGAGUCAAAGCCUGGCCUGGUCCCACAGUGCUGCCUCUCACUGACUCCUGGGGGGAGCUACUGUGGACUGCUGGGCUCUCUCCAGCCUAGCUCCCCCCUCCUCACCUUGUCCUCAAGUUGGGGUGCUAGGAAAGCCAGGAUGAUGGCUUUUCUGAUACGGUGCUCACUGCUGGGGGUUUAAGGGCUGACCCUUAUUCAGGGGACCAGAGCAGAUAGUAUAUUUGCUCUCUCUCCCCCAACUCUGGCAGAAAUUAAUUGGACCCUAAACCCAUGUAUUGCAGUCCCACUAUGCUAAAGCCCUUGGUAGCCCAAGGACUCAAGGAACAAGCUGUGACAAGCAAGAACCACGUCUCGGGGUGUACACCCCACGACCCAAAGCUCAAGCCUUGUGCUCUCGGGGGAGCCAGGAAGUGAUGAGUGUGUCAUGUUACUGACUUCUUGCUUUUGUGUGUAAGUGUGCGUGUGUCUCACCACAGUUGGUGCUGAAAAGUUAUUUGUGUUCAACUGAUAUUUAACGCUCCCUCCCUGACUUCCUCCCAGCCCUGUGGGCCAGGGAGGGGACAUUGGAAAUAGCACUUUAUAUUUAUAUAGAACAUUGAGGAUGUGCCAAUAAAAACAGUGUUUUGUUUAAAAAAGA